AACCGGGGCGGGGGGGUGCCCAGGAGAGGGGGGUGCAGCUGCCGCCCAGAGUCGCUCCCUUCCCCUGCCCACAGGUAUUAAUGCCCCUUUGCCCGGAGAGCUGGCAGUCCAAGUGCCCGCUGCACCCCGGAGCCAGCCCCGGCUCCUGUCAGAGCCCCGCGCGCUCUGGCAAGCCGCCUCGGGAACAUUUCGUCCGAACCCCACGGCCCCAGCACCGAAAUGGCCCCCUGGGCGUCCGUGGAGCCGGGCUUGCAGGAGGAAUGCGCAGCACCCAGAGGUGCCCGCGGCUUUGGAGCCAGCCAGAGGGGCGCUACAGCAAUAGACUGACUCUGGGCGCGUCUCCCUCCAGUGGCUCUAGCACAGGGGCCGCUCCAUGGACCAGGGGCGCUUUCUCGUCGCUCCUUCCCUGCAGCCGGGCUAUUCAGACCACAGCUGUCUGUCACAAGAACCGGGCAGCCCGAGUGCGAGUCGGGAAAGGAGACAAGCCGGUGACGUACGAACAGGCCCACCCACCCCACUACAUCGCCCAUCGCAAGGGCUGGCUCUCCCUGCACACCAGUAACCUGGACGGGGAGGGCGGGGCGGCCGAGCGCACCGUGGAGGACGUCUUCAUCCGCAAGUUCAUCUACGGCACUUUCCAUGGCUGCCUGGCCAACGAGAUUGUGCUGAAGCGCCGCGCCAACGUGCUGGUCAUCUGCGCUGUCUUCCUGCAGCGCCUGCCGCCCUACAAGUUCUACUUCCUGGUGGGCUACACCGAGACGUUGCUUUCCUUCCUCUACAAGUGCCCUGUCCGGCUGGAAGUGCAGACCCUGCCCGAGAGGGUCAUCUACAAGUACCUAUAGCGCUGCUGGAGCCCCUGGGCGAGGCCUGCCCCCCGGCAGCCAGGCACCCCGCCUUUCCCCUGGGCUAGCCUGUGCCUGAGCCAGGUCACCUGCUGCCCUGUCUCUCACUGGCUCGUUGUGGGGCAGGACACCCAGGCUCCACAUGGGCCCGAGGAGGCCAUGGACCCAUGUGGGGUGCUGUGGUGUGAGUGUUACUGAGGCUCUGGAUGUAGCAGUGGCCCAGCCCAGCAAUGGGGAAUAAAAGCACUCUGGCCCCUGUGUCCA